UGCGACGCUUCGUGAAAGAGACACCACAGGCCGGUAACAGGAAGAGAGGGAGUGUUUAGACUGGGUACAGGAGGAGAGCUGCCAUUAGCCACCAAGCUAGCAUCCGCUAACCUAGCCCAUUAGCACCACCGCCUGGAUCUCGCUGCAUAAAAAUAACACCUGGCAAGUGUACAUGCCCCAUGGGUCACUGUUGUGAAGAACAGUGGCAGUAGAUGUGUGUAGAAUCAGUAUGGAUGGACAGACUCAAAGGAUUCAACUUGUAUCUGCAGACAGCAACAUGGCUUUAGGACACAGAAUUCAGAUUGUAACAGAUCAGCAGACUGGCCAGAAGAUCCAGAUUGUCACAGCACUUGAGCCAUCUUCUCCUGGAAAACAGCAGUUUAUCCUCGCAAAUGCGGACUAUUCCCCUGGUGGGAAGGUCAUCCUCGCAAAGCAGGAGGGCUCACCCAACAAGGUCAUCCUUGCCACCCCAGACAGCUCCGGGGUUAAUCAGCUGCUGUUUGCCCCUCCUGAACUGGCUGGACAGCAGAUUCAGUUUGUAACAGAAGGUUCAGACCAGUCUAUUGUCAAGCCGGUUGUUGAGUAUUGUGUUGUCUGUGGGGACAAGGCCUCAGGACGUCAUUACGGAGCGGUCAGCUGCGAAGGCUGUAAGGGCUUCUUUAAACGCAGCAUUAGAAAGAAUCUGGUAUAUACAUGCAGAGGCUCAGGGGAAUGUGCCAUCAACAAGCUCCACCGAAAUCGCUGCCAGUAUUGUCGUCUGCAGCGCUGCAUUGCCCUGGGCAUGAAACAGGACUCUGUGCAGUGUGAGAGGAAGCCUGUUGAAGUGACGACUCGAGAAAAAUCUGUUAACUGCGCAGCCUCCACUGAAAAGAUCUACAUCCGCAAGAACUUGUGUAGUCCUCUGGCUGCCACGCCCACUUUUGUAUCCGACAAGGAAACUGCCAGGUCUACAAGUUUGCUUGAAUCAAGCAUGUUACUCAACAUUCAACAGCCGUUCUCUAAGAUGGAAAACACCAUCUUAAUCCCAGCAUCUCCAGACAAGCAGGAUGACCCAUCUCAAGGCGACCUUGGUACACUGGCAAAUGUUGUGACGUCUCUGGCUCAUCUCAACAAGACCAGGGAGGCGAGUGAAAGCAGCAAUGAUCUGAUGGGAGUUGAGACUCUCAGCAAUGGUGACGGUUCCAUUACCGACAUUCAAGGAGAUGACCAAACUGCAAGUGAUAUCACACGAGCGUUUGACACGCUGGCUAAAGUCCUUCACCCUAAUGAUGGCGCAGCAGGAGACUCCUUGGAGGCAACUAUGCAGCUAAUGUCAGGAGAUCAGUCGGGUCCUCUGGUGGAGUUGGAAGGACCUCUACUCUCUGACAGCCAUAUCCCUUUCAAACUUAUGAUGCCUUUGCCUGUGCCAGAGUACCUCAAUGUCAACUACAUCUGUGAGUCGGCUUCCCGACUGCUUUUUCUCUCUAUGCACUGGGCUCGGUCCAUACCUGCAUUUCAAGCCCUAGGCGGUCAAGACAAUGACAUUAACUUGAUGAAAGCCUGCUGGAAUGAGCUGUUUGCCCUGGGCCUGGCACAGUGCUCCAACAUUAUGAAUGUUGGUACCAUCCUAAGUGCCAUUAUCAACCAUUUGCAGACCAGCUUACAGGAAGAGAAGCUCUCCCCUGAGCGAGUAAAACUAGUAAUGGAGCACAUUUGGAGGAUGCAAGAGUUUUGUAAUAGCAUGUCCAAACUCUCCCCGGAUGCUUAUGAAUAUGCUUACCUCAAAGCCAUCGUUCUCUUUAGUCCUGAUCAUCCAGGUAUAGACAAUACUUCACAGAUAGAGAUGUUCCAGGAGAAAGCCUACAUGGAGCUUCAGGACCAUGUGACCAGAACCUACCCAGAAGACUCCUAUCGGUUAUCAAAGCUGUUACUGCGUCUUCCCGCCCUCAGACUCAUAAGUGCUGCUGUCACAGAGGAGUUGUUUUUCGCUGGGCUCAUUGGGAAUGUGCAGAUUGACAGCAUCAUUCCUUACAUCCUCAAAAUGGAGUCCACCGACUACAACAGCCAGACGGUCUCUGGGGUCUGAUGCGCUGUGCCAUUUUUAAAACCAACAACAGACAUUAUGAAAUUUGACAGCUAACCAAUCAGAGCGCUCCAAAGACUGGUCACCGAGUGAUCACAUGAUAUUGCACUUGUGGCACAGCAAACUACGGGAAUUACUCAUUCUCUUCUACUUUCGGAUUCUAGUGACUCCUCACAAAGAAGACAGGUAAAGUUCACACCAGUGUCCAGGGAGCCUUCCAGUACAGGCCCAUUUGGGAAUAAACACUUGAACCUUGCAUCAUAGAUUGUGCUUUUUAUUGUACAUAGUAUUUUAUGCUCCAUUGCUUCCAAGUAACUCCUUUUUCUGCAGAUUUUAUUUGUAUUUUGAAGGAAUCAGGACAACUUGUUUUUCACCGCUUUCCUAAAUGUUCAUGCUCUUUUUAUUUUGUAAUUAUUAUGAGGAAGAUUUGUGUCAUAAUGUGAAUUGAUUUGUGGAUGUUGUUAUUGUUAAAGGUUAUAACCUUUAUUUCUUAUCUUCUCGCCCAUCCAAAGGAUAAGGUCAGCAUCAGUUGUCAAAUAUUUGACAAAAUGUGCAUCUAAAGUAACAAUGUAAAUAUAUUUGUAUAUAGAAUGCACCAAGAAGGCUGCAGCGGGCACUUGGUAUUUCUGGUAUUCUGCCUUCUGGAAAAAAUAAUGUUGAAAGUUAUUUGAAAAUAAAAACAAAAUGAAUUUGAUUGCCAGUA